AUGGACAAUGCUUCCUAUCACUCCGUGAAGAAAUAUCAAAUGCCAACCAUGAGUUGGAAAAAACAGAGAAUAAUAGAUUGGCUUGAGUGUAAAGGUGAAAUCGUGAUCCAUCCAAUAGUCAAAAUCGAUUUAAUGAAAAAAGUGCGAAAACUGAAAAAACAAUACGAAAAAUACGUCAUUGAUGAAUAUGCAAAAGACAACCAUAAAAUCGUAUUGCGAUUACCACCAUACCACUGCGAGCUAAAUCCAAUUGAGCUCGCGUGGUCCUCCGUAAAAAAUUACGUCCGGACUCACAACAAUACAUUUAAAUUAAAGAACGUACUUGAUUUAUUGAAAAAAAGGGGUGGACCAUGUAACACCAGAAAUGUGGACUAA